AUGGUUUCACUUUGGCCCUGGAAGCGCGAGGAUAAUUCUCCUGCCUCCUUUGAAAAAACACUAUCUGCUUUGGCAGAGAAGAUCUCGAAAUCACAAUCACAGCUAGAUUCUCGACGACUUCGUGGCAGACGUGUGAAAGCAUUAUGGACAUUAUAUUCGAGUUUUGCAUACUUGGUGGUGUUCGUCAUAGCACUUUUAGUGAUCGGUUGGAAGGAUUUGACAGUCUUGGAGUACACUGGUCUUGCGGGAAGUCCUUUGAUAAUCUAUCUCAUUCGAAGUGGUAUUACGAGAUAUUAUGAAUACAGGGUUGAAUCUAUCGCGCGUCGUCUGGAAGAACAACAAGCUGAGAGAACAAAAACCAUCGACAAAUUAAAGGCUGCCACGAAAUAUAACACCACACAAGAACUUCUAGAGAAAUAUGGUGGCGCUCCACCAAAACCUCCUGCACCGAAGAGAACUGCGUCUGUGAAAAAGACUCCAAAGAAUAAAGAUGCGCAACCCCCACGAACAAGCAUGGGCCCACCUGCGACAGCAAAUAUACCCCGCCCUAACCAAAUUCCGAGUCAACCUUCUACCCCUCAACCACUUGGUAGCAGGACCCCUCCUUCAUUCAUCGCUCCAUCUCUAUCACCUACUGCUCCUCGAAGUGAGCCAGGCCCUGCUGAAUUUGCACCAAAUGCAUUUUCGGGUCCAUCUCAAUAUGCACAAGGUCAAUAUGCUCAGAGUGGAGAGUUUGUCGCUGAAGGUCACUGGUAUGAUCGAGUAUUAGAUUUGUUGUUGGGCGAGGAUGAGACACAUCCAAAGAAUCGUAUGGCGUUGAUAUGCAAAAACUGUCGACUUGUCAAUGGCCAAGCACCUCCGGGUACAAAAUCCUUGACCGAUUUAGGGAAAUGGAGAUGUUUUGGUUGUCGAACCUUGAAUGGGGAGGAAGAUGAAGCUGCAAAGGCCGUUCAAGAGAUGAAGGAAAGAAUCCAGGAUACCAAUGUAAAAGAAGAAAUCCAUUCUGAGCCUGAAGAUAGAAGUACGGAGGAUCCUGAAGACACGCCAGGGAGUGAGGAUAUUGAUCAUGAUGAUGUCAAGAAUGAAGAGGGGUCGGAAGAAGAAAAGGUCGAAGUCAAACCAAAACGGGGACGGCCUAAAUCAAACCGCAAAAAAGUCUAA